CAAUCUUGCGGUCUAUGUAGUGUAUUGAUUUCAACGUCAUAUUAUGCACCUAUUCCAAUUAUACCUAUUUAUAAUAAUUAUUUAAAUUCACCGAGGGCGGCCCAGUGGUGUAUGUGAUAAACGGCGCUGGUUCCACACGGCAGGACCGGGUUCAAAUCCCAUCCGGACCGUCCCUCCGUAGCAAGGACUGACUAUCCGGCUACGUGGUAAAAUAAGUCUCGUAAGCCAGAAAUGGCCGGCAUGAUCUCAGAGUUCUUUACGCCAAGAAGAAUUAUUCAAACUUGGUACCGAAAUAGGCUUAGGAAAAAAUAAAUAAAUUUAUAAAUAUUGUUAUUAAAACACCACCUAAGAAUGUCAUUUAAUAAUUAGGCAAUUAAGAAUUAAGGACCCAUUGGUCGAAUCUUUUCCAUAAAUCAACUUAUUUCUAUUGCUUAGAUAUUUCCGCUUUAUUGUUUUGUUUUGCGGUUUGCUAUCCGAAACAUCUUCCUUUCACUUGGCGCGAUUGGCGUUGCAAUUGAUUUUGAUGUGGAUUGCCAUUCAAAGCGUCUGUUUUCAACUUUCUACUUUUGAGCAUCAUCGUAUGAGUUCAUCAGCAAAAUGUUGUCAAUAAAAUGUCGCUACCGUUUGGACGUCAUACUCGAAACAAAGAACCAAACGGAAGGGGUAUUCGCAUAAUAAAACAUAUUUUAAUCCGUUUUAAACCGAUUUUGUGGUAUUAUGUGUUAUUAUGGCGAUACCGUCACCAUGUCGACAGUUGCCGGUAGUGCUGGCGUAGUAUGUUGACGAUACUGAUGAGAGUAUGAUCACGGGCCGUAUGAUGAUUAUGAUAAGGCUCCACAGAUCCUGCGCUACUUGUGCAGGAGUGUACCGCACACUCCAUUCAAAGGGCGGAAACGUCCAGAAUGUCCUCGUGCGGGAGUGAGAGAUUAAAUAUGAAGGAUAAAAAAAUGAAGUUAUGGUCGAAGGUUCCGAAAGGAUGAACCGAUAACUGGUUGUCAGAAGGAAAAAAACAAAUUACACCGAUAUGCAAGGAUACGCGUGGCUGUUCCUAGUGAGAUAAUAAUGGACCAUACACCCAAGAGACAUUUUGCCUUUUCAGAAGUGGGGUGUUGCUGCCUAUCACUGCAGGUGGAAGCAUGCUAUCGGCCUUUUUGGGGGUGGGACGGAAUGAAAACGUGUGUCGUUUCAAUUAAAGUUACGGUCAUUAGGAUUAAUUUGAUUAUGUAGGAGGAUUAGAAAUGCGUAAAAUCAUCCUUCAGAUUGUGUGUGUCGUAGAUAGUUUUAGUUUGUAUGUAUGAGAUGGUUAUGAUGUGAUAUCUUUGGAUUUCUGGGUCUCCUGUUGCUGUUUAUAUAAUAGUAGUUACUUCUGUAAUACCUAUAGUAUUUUUUUAACUAUAAAUUGUAAGAGGUAUAAAUGUUGCAGUCGUUCUAAAUCGUGUUUAUGAUAAUAAACUGAGAAAGGAUACAACAUAUUAUUUUGUUUUAAAUUUCUAUUUUGUUUUCAAUAUCUGGGAUACACACAGAUUAGUAUUUCCAGCAUAUGAUCCAUGCAUUCAUAUAAACCACGACAUCAGUAAGGAUUUAAUGACAGAGCAAAAAUUUAUUACCGGCUUUUACACGCUUUGUUUACGUUUUCAGGCAAUCACUCAUUCGGUGCUCAGUGAAAAAGAGUGACCUCCAAAGAUGCCCAUUUCCCUGGUUUUCCAUCCAUGCGAUGCGUAAUGCUCCCGGAAAUCUGCUGCGUCGUGGCAAAGGAAACUUCUGUCAAGCGUAGUUCAUGUAGACCCUUUUUGUUCGCCGGUUCAUCCGCGCCGGUGCAUGGCCGAAAGCCGAUCCCGAGACGGAACAGCUGUUCGGGAAUGCAGGGUUGGCUGAUACGGUUUGAAAGCAACAAGCAAGAAAUAAAGCAUUUGCGCUAUUGAUAUUUAAAUUAAAAAACACACAAUUUGAACAAUUGUGUCCAUGAAUUUUUAUACCACGCUGAACACACUAAAUUAAUAAAAAAAAUAUAAAUAUAAAAAAAUGCCGUAUCAAGUUGAUCACAUGCUAAAAAAACAUACAAUAAAAUAAACAAAACAAAAAUUAUACGUUUACGAUGUUUCUAGUAGAUUUAUCCAGAUGGGAUGACGACGGCGGUCGCAUAAGAAAAUAAGUAAGUAGUAAUGGCCAAGCCGCAUAUAUCAACGGAACAUUAUAGAAUUGAUGAAAAGAUCUGUGUGCGAUAAAUUAUUGUUCUUCUGCAGUGCAUCUUGUUGAGUUUGACAAUUAGAAGAAAUGAUUCUAAAUACCAUCGGUUUCGAAACCAAAACCGAAACUGAAAAAAAACUUUAUCAAAAAUAAUACUAAUCAUAAGAAAAAUAAGAUUUUACAGUUGAUAGAAGUGUAGAUAAUUAAUAUUUGUUCAAAUGUAAGAGAAGAAACAUUUCAUUCAGCUACCGGAAAUCAUGUACGAGGUGCAAACAACACCGCUUUACUCUAGUAAUAUUAUUUCACUCAAACACGGUGGAAUUCGAUGCCAACCCUGGAUGUGCUGCGAUUGGUGCCGGAAUCGGCUCGGAUUCGUUCGGCUCAAGGCGCCAGGAAAGGGCGAACCAGCAUCACACGCAGUUGUUUGUCAGUCGUAGUUUGUCUUUGGAACCUGGUGGUUUCGUUAUUCGGUAUCCGCGUUAAAAAUGUCGUGCUGUCGUUCAUUGCUUGAAUAGUGCUGCUACGGCAAUAGCUGGUGUUUCGUUCCCGGUACACAAUUUUCCAGCAGUUGAAGCUGAAUCUACUACGUGUAUGUGCAGUAAUUUAAUUGAGUUCACUGCCUGAAUGGCUCCACCGUAAAGUUUCAUAAUUCAUGAUUUCACCGCACAUCCGUGCGAUGAGAAUGUUUGCCAUAAAUGUGGCGCUAGCAUGGUAUGCCAUGUGACAACACGCCAUGGGCCAGACAUCAAUAAUAUUCCUCUUUAAUCAAAAGAUAGACGAUGUCACUCAAUCAAUUCUGCGAUGACUACUGAGCAAAUCAGACAGUGAUAUCAACGUCACAGGAACCCCAAGAUAUUGAUGUUACGCAUAGUGAGCGCAAGGGAAUGCAACAGAUCUCGACAGUCAAGCAGUAACGUUGUUUGAAGUCCUGAAGUGAAAUUCUUAACACAUUGUGCACAUAGUUUUCAGCUUUUCGAAAGAUAUUAGUAUUAUUACUAUAUGUACUAUAUUUUUUAUAAUCAUUUCAUAGUGGAUUAAAUUUGAUCAGUGCAAGCCAGUUAAUAGCCAAUAAUAUUAUCAGUGCAAAUAUAUUUGAAUAUGUUCAGUGCAUAAUGCUAGGAAGAUGGAGAAAAUUUCAUAGUGAUUUCCGUUAUGCAAAAUAAGAUGGAUCGAUAAUCAACGACGAAGUACAGUGAGUGAACUGGAGUGAAGCAUAUGUAACUGAAAUAGCAUAUAUGUUAUCUUAUUAAGCCUUCCCGGCAACACUCUGAUAUCAACCAGGGGAAACGCAAAGGUUACGGUAGAGCAACGGGAAGCAAAAUGACUUUUGUCACUGAUGUUGGCGUUCAUCAUUUCGUGGCAUGGUUCCUGUUAAUGUCGUGUGGAAUUUCAACGAAAGUACUAGCUUUGGAGCAUCCAAAAAUUACGGAACAUCCGCUUGACGCCACUGUGCCUCGUAACGUGCCAGUAACACUCAACUGCAAAGCGGAAGGCAUCCCGCCACCCACAAUCACAUGGUUUAAAGAUGGUGAACCGAUUAAAGCCGAACCAGGAUCCCAUAAAAUUCUCUUGCCCGCAGGGGGUUUAUUUUUUCUGAAGGUCGUGCACUCACGUCGUGAGACUGAUGCGGGGGUUUAUUGGUGCGAAGCGACGAACGAACUUGGUGUUGCCAGAAGUCACAAUGCAACGCUUCAAGUAUCAGUGCUCCGGGAAGAGUUUCGUCUGGAACCACAAAAUACGCGGGUAGCGCAGGGUGAAACAGUACUACUAGAAUGUGGACCACCGAGGGGUUCACCGGAACCAACAGUUUUCUGGCGCAAAAACGGACAAACUUUAGAUCUCUCCAACUCCAAACGCAUCCGUAUCGUGGAUGGUGGCAAUCUGGCGAUACAAGAUGCUCGCCAAUCAGACGACGGUCGGUAUCAGUGUGUGGCGAAGAAUAUUAUAGGUGUGCGCGAAUCCACCGUUGCCUUUCUGCGAGUACACGUAAAACCAUUUCUAAUACGUGGGCCCCAGGAUCAGACCGUUGUGGCCGGCAGGUCGGUAGUGUUUCAGUGUCGGGUAGGAGGCGAACCAUUGCCAGAUGUGCUGUGGAGGCGAUCCGCUUCCGGAGGCAACAUGCCGCUCGAACGAGUCCGUGUGCUCGAGGACAGAAGUUUACGGAUAGACGACAUCACAAUCGAAGAUAUGGGCGAAUAUAGCUGCGAGGCGGACAAUGCUGUCGGAUCUAUCACCGCAUCCGGUACAUUGGUGGUGCAUUCCUCACCUAGCUUUCUGCUGCGACCCAAACAUCUGCUCAUCGAACCAGGAUCGGAAGCAUUGUUCGAAUGUCAGGCAACCGGACACCCACAUCCAACGCUCUUCUGGUCCGUGGAAGGCAACCGUACACUGCUGCUACCGGGCAGCCGGAUGGAUAAUUUAGAGGUUACACAGAAUGCGGACGGUACCAGUGUGCUUUCCAUUACGAAAAUCGGUCGCAUGGACAAUGGCAAAGUGAUCGUGUGCAGUGCCGUCAACAGUGUCGGUAGCGUUAGCACGCGUGUUGUGUUAAGCGUAAAUCUUCAAGAUGAUCGGCCACCGCCACUGAUUCUGCAGGGUCCAUGCAAUCAAACGUUACCCAUCAAAUCCGUAGCAAUUCUACCAUGCAGGGCGAGUGGAGUUCCUUCGCCGGUGAUAUCGUGGUACAAGGAUGGGAUACCGGUAUUAGCCUCGGAAAAGAUAAACAUCACCGAAUCUGGCACGCUGUCUAUUGCAGAGUUAAGUAAAAUCGAUGACAGUGGACUGUAUACCUGUGUCGCUAGCAGCAAAUCGGGUAAAACUACCUGGAGUGCACUGCUGCGGAUUGACGUACCAACCAAUCCCAACAUCAAAUUCUACCGUGCACCAGAAGCGUCGACUUUCCCUGGUCCACCUGGUAAGCCGCAGGUAACGAACAUAAACGAGAGUUCCGUCACGAUCUCUUGGUCGAGAAGUAGCAAAGUCGGUGCAUCAAGUCUGCUCGGAUAUACGGUGGAGUUGUUUGGCCGUAACCAAACCGAAGGCUGGUUUCAGGUUGCAAAUCGUCUUCAAGACAGUACCUACACCCAAACUGGACUAAGCGCUGGUGUGACGUAUUAUUUUGUAGUGCGUGCCGAAAAUUCCCACGGCCUUUCGCUACCGAGUCCAUUUUCAGAACCAAUUCUGCUAGGAAUGAGUGACAGUUUCGGUACCGGAAUCGACAUGAGUGAGGCCAGGGCCAGUUUGUUGUCAGGAGAUGUGGUUGAGCUCGUUAAUGCUACCGCAAUUGAUUCUACCUCAAUGAAACUUGUUUGGGAGAUUAUCAAUGGGAAGUAUGUGGAAGGUUUUUACAUUUAUUCACGAAAAAUAAACACCGAUCGUUCAAUCAACGGACAGUCGUACAAAAUGAUGACCGUUUUGAAUGCUGGUGCUUCGUCUUGUUCGGUGACGGGACUUGAGAAGUAUACAGAGUACGAGUUCUUUAUAGUACCAUUUUACAAAUCAGUUGAAGGGAAACCAUCGAACUACCGACUAGCAAGAACUCUGGAGGAUGUUCCCUCGGAUCCACCUCACGGUAUGGAAGCUCUGCUUCUGAAUUCAUCUGCAGUGUACCUAAAGUGGAAAGCACCGGUUGCAAUGUCACAAAAUGGCAUUCUUCGCACUUACAACAUAAUUGUGCGUGGAGUUGAUUUACGAACGAACUACUCGAAAGUGCUAAGCAAUGUGACGAUUGAGGCUACCUCAUCGACACUGUUGCUUGCUAACCUAACCGAAGGUGUGACGUAUACGGUGAGCAUAGCCGCUGCUACUUCCGCCGGUAUGGGACCUUUCAGCAAUCCUGCCACAUUGCGGCUCGAUCCCAUUACCAAACAGCUGGAUCAAACAUCUCAUCGAUAUCCGAUCAAUCACAAUAAUAUGGAUGACAUUCUGACACAGCCCUGGUUUAUCGCGAUACUGGGCUGCAUAUUAGUGCUCAUGAUGCUGUCGUUCGGUGCGAUGGUGUUCGUGAAACGUAAGCACAUGAUGAUGAAACAGUCAGCGCUUACAGCUUUGCGUGCUCACCCUGCAGGAGGUGUCGUUAAGAUUCCACGCAACGAUAGCCUUUGGAUGAAUCCAUCCGGCAUGAUGUGGGGCUAUCAGUCAGCAGGAAGAAGCAAAGACCAUAUACAGGAUUAUGCUCCAGUAGGUGCGACUUCCACACUGCCGUUAGAACAACAACAUCAACAAACGAUGCUGCAUGAUAAUCGCAAUCGCUAUGUUGAGUACACCGACUAUCCAAGCGAUUAUGCAGAAGUAUCGUCCUUCAAUCCGUUACCGCACGAAGGUACAAACCAUCUUACGGCGCCAGUAGGCAGUAGCAGGGCACCGAGCGAGUAUGGUUCGGGUGGAACACGAUCGCCAGCACCUUACGCUACGACCACACUGAUUGGAAACUCGAGAUUUAUUACUGCUCCGGGUGGUGCAACCGGUAAUGAUAGUCACCUGCAUCACCUGUUACCAUCAACGGCAGCCGGCAAAAUGUAUUUCGACGGUGAUGCCUAUUCGGCUGGUUCGAUCACACGGGCACCGUCGGACAAUGACAGCGCGGGUUAUGGUCGAAACGCUUGCUCGGAAUCAUAUUUCAAUCCGAAAGAGAAAAUUAAUAUCACUGAGAACAAGCUGGCAUCUCACACGAUGUCCUUGCUGGCGUCUAGUAAUGCAUCAGUGAGCGGUGGAUAUCAUCACCUAGUGGCGAGUCAGAACGGAAGUUCAAACGGCCAAAGCAGCGGUGCCAACAGUGCCUGUAGUGCUAGCAGUGGCAGCAGUAAUAGCAGCAACGGUACGGACGGUGGAAUCAUCGUUGGUCGAUCCGGUGGCUCCACCCAGCCGCUUCCUACUACCUCGAUGCAGACGCCGAGGACGCUGAGAAAUGGUUCCAAUAAAACUCGCUUCAAACUCUCCCGAACACCGAUCGUAAGCAGUUUGCGGUCCUCGUCGAAGCACGAUACGAUAUCCAGUGAACAUGGUAAUCUGCCAGCCCACCAUCAAGAGCAGCAGAAGAAAAUGUCCUCGCUCAACAAUUUGGGACAGAAACAGCAGUUCUAUAUAAAAGUAGGCGAAACGGGCAUACCGGGCAGUACAAACAGUUGGAACCACUCCACAGCUAGUGCAAUGGCCAUGUCCAACCUUUACCAAAACACUCAUGCCACGAUGCCACCCGGUAGUGCCCACGGUGGCGAUCCCAAUGUGGUUGUCUACCUGCCCACCGGAAACCGCAGCGUCAUUAGCUAUCGUGCCGCUUCAGACAUGGGAGACGAUGUGUGAAGCUGGUGGAGAAGUGAAUAUUUAUAAUAAUUUAUUCUAAACUGCAAUUAUCUGCAUGACCUGGAGAAGAAAGCUGACUGACGGUGAAACGUAAUCUCAGUGCCAUCAUCUCAUUACGUACCGGACCGUACUGAGGGCGAGCGUCGUUCCUAGUUCCUAGUAUGUAAGAAGAUUCAUUGUUGUACCUAUUAGCGUAGGAUAAACGAAUCAGAAGAUAAGCACCGGCCAAACGCUUGUGUUUGACUUCGACAAUGUUUCGCAUUGUGUCAGAUGGCGGAUUCAUACCGUAACAAAGUAAAAAACUAAACCAAAACAAUGUACGAGCAAGACUGAUCCAUAAGCUUCCAACAUGUGGGAACGUGGGAACUGAUGGACAAGGAGUAAGCGAACAAAGUGGGGGCGUUCAUCGGGAAUCAGAAACCCUUUCAUACCUUCAUACACCUACCAGUACUUCCAAUGAAACUCGAUGUAAAUAAAUUAGACAGUGACCACCAAUUAAAAUUCAUCCAACCGCAACGAUACGUGUUCCGGUAGGUUGAACCUGUAUGGCUUCGAUAGAUCAACGAUGUGAGCUAUGUAGGGAAAAAGAUUCGUUUUAACACAGAAUCAAAUGGAACGUUUGUCUCCAAAUUUAGCAGCGGUGUUGUGUUUGUAUUAUUAUAAUUUUAAACACAAAUUACCAUAUUGUUUCCUUCUCAUCUAUCUUUAAUAGUUGUUUAUUUUUCUUUUCACAAUGGCAUCAAGUUUCGGCACGAAGCGCAUAAAUGAGAUUGCUUUAGGUGCUUGUAUGCGGAAAUCAAACAUGCAUAUCACAAAAUACAGUUAUUAGUUACAGUGCUGUUUUCUUUCUUUGGUAAACGUAAGACAACAAACACUGUACUAGGAAACCAAAAACUUUUUCUUUUGGCACACAUCAUAAAAAACAUAAUUGAAUGAUGUAAGUGAAAAUUAACAAAAACUAAAUCUAUGCUACACAAGACUGCUUGAAAAAUGCAGCAAGACCAUUUUGGUACAUUUCUCCUAAUAACCCUUAAACAAUCUUGCUGUUGCAUUACUUUCAUCUUUACAAAACGCAUCGUUACCUUUCCAUGCAAAUGCACCUAGGCUAAAACGAUUGUACAUAGGCAAGCAAAGCAAUAUUAUCCCUCCGAACUAUGAAACAGAAGUAACUGCAUCAAACCCACGGAAAUGUACGUAUAGAUAGGCAUGUAAUGUAGUAUCUUCAUUUUUAUCGGUUAAACAGAUGAUCAACAGAUUCUGUAUGCCAUGAGAUGUAUCUUUGUUUAUAUGUAUUUAAGUGCUUUAACGUUCUUCGGCAUUACGCGAGACGACUGUACAUAAUGCUGCAUAGUGUCAAUUGUAAAAUUAAUAAAGCGUACACAAUACUUUGCAAAAUUACCUGACGACCGAUGGAAAAGAAAGAAAGUAAUCAAAACCAUUCAUCGAAAGUUAAUGGCUUUUGUGGAUGUACGCACCCAAAUUGUUGUAAAUAAAUGUAUAUUCGUUUGUUGAUGUAAAGGAUACACUAAGCUCAUCCCUCAUACAUGUUUCACGGUUCAAAAAUAUCCCGCUUUACUUGUACCGGUACGAAAAAUGUUGUGAUUAAAUUAAAAACGAAUAGAAAACAA